GUAGAGCCCAUGAGACGAAACAAACGAGAUGGCUUCGUUUGCAAUUGUCCGUCUCUUUUUCUCCGUCUUUCUUUCUCCUCCGCCCGUCUCCUCUCACACACGCCAGCGUACUCCAAAAGUGCCUCACCUCCCCACUGAAAAAGACGCCCCAAUCGCCAACCGGCGAGCUUGUCCAUCUUCGUCAAAGACGUCAAAGGACCACCUGGAAAGCUUCUCAGAGCCCAUGACCUCCCCGCACAUUACGUAUGCCCCAUCUCCCCGGUAUCGAGUACCUCGUCCAGAUCCGGCAUGCCGCGCCAACCCCAAGUCCUCAGCACCAGGGGCCGAGUUCGAGAUGACAGAAACGCAGACAUCCGCAUCUAGUUAGCUAUGAGCUAUUCGUCAUCUCCGCAUACAAGGGCUAGCAGACCAACCGAUGGCCGGGCCUAGGCCCUACAAUCUGAGGGACAGGUAGUUGCGCUGACCGCUACCCGGCCGGGACCUCACCCACACAACCUCUUGCUGGCGGGUGGCUCGUACCGCUCUGUAUAGCACCGGCACUGGCUACACCGUAUUCCAUUGCGCUGCAAGCCGAGGCCAGCAGGUCUAUGAGGCAUUUUCCAUGGCGCUGCGCUGCCUGGGUAUUUGAGGGGAGAGGCCUCCUGGAUACCGGUGAGGAAAGGG